UGCUGUGGGCAAGGGGUCGUGGGCUGCAGAACUUAUCAAGUGGGAUUUGCGGCAGGCUCUCUGCAUGAAGCGAGAGCUGCUCCAGUCCAAAGCCCCAUGCACCAACGUGUCAUAGAAGCCACUAAAAUAUCACCCCGGUGGUGCUUUCCUGCCUCGCCAUACAUUCAUUGCCCAACUGCUCUCAGAUGGCGAGAGGAGAAGAAAGGAAGGAUGGCAGCCCCGAUGGAGUCGCCCAAGAGGUGUUUUGCUUGGGCUUGAUGUCACCACAGCCCACCUAGCCUUCACCCACCCACCUGCCUGCCCACGCACCCACCCACCCCCAAGCCUCUCCUCUCCCUUUGCCUUUCACUCCUUCAUCCUUUCCCUUCCCUUUCUCUAGCUUUGGUCAGUAGUGAGCAGAAAUGAGGGGACCUCUGCUUCAACAGGUGGAGUGGGGAAUCAAAUCAGAAAAUAAAGCAAAAGGUUGCCUUUGUAAUGAGGAAAAGAAAACGACUUCAGAGAAACCUUCUAGAACAGUCAAGUAGCAACUACCCUGGACACCAUGCUCUUCCUCACCACCACCACCUCCACCACCACCAUCCCCACCAGGCAGAAGCCGGGACUCCCUCGCUUUUCCCCGGACUGCACCAGGAGCCACCUCCUCCCCAUGAAGCUCCAGGUGGGCGCCUGAACGGACAGCUCAGGCUGGGGCUACCUGGAGACAUGUACGCCAGGGCUGAGCCCUUCACGCCAGUGCCAGUCUCCAGGGCAGACCCCUUCGCCGCCUCCUCCUUCCACGGCUACAGUGGCAUGAACCUCAACCUGGCCCCCCACCACGGCCCGGGGGCUUUCUUCCGCUACAUGAGGCAGCCCAUCAAGCAGGAGCUCAUCUGCAAGUGGAUCGAGCUGGACCAGGCGCCCCAGAAACUAUGCUCCAAAACUUUCAGCACCAUGCACGAGCUGGUGACCCACGUCACCGUGGAGCACGUCGGCGGGCCCGAGCAGUCCAACCACAUCUGCUUCUGGGAAGAGUGUCUCCGGGAGGGGAAGCCCUUCAAGGCCAAGUACAAGCUGGUCAACCACAUCCGCGUCCACACGGGAGAAAAGCCCUUCCCCUGCCCCUUCCCUGGAUGUGGGAAGGUCUUCGCCCGCUCGGAGAACCUCAAGAUCCACAAAAGGACACACACAGGGGAGAAGCCCUUCAAGUGCGAGUUUGAAGGCUGCGAGCGGCGCUUCGCCAACAGCAGCGACCGGAAGAAGCAUUCCCACGUGCACACGAGCGACAAGCCCUACAACUGCAAAGUGCGAGGCUGCGACAAGUCCUACACCCACCCCAGCUCCUUGCGGAAGCACAUGAAGGUCCACUGCAAGUCCCCUCCUCCCAGCUCGGGCUACGAGUCCUCCACCCCGUCGCUGGUGUCGCCGUCCUCCGACUGCGGGCGGGAAGCCCCCCAGCCACUGCCGCCACUGCCGCCUCCGCUUCCUCCUCCUCCUCUGGCCUCUUCUUCCUCCUCCUCCGCCGCCCCACCAGCCUCUUCCUCCUCUUCUUCCUCUUCCUCUUCCUCCUCCAGCCAAGCAGCGGCCAACCUGAGCGAAUGGUACGUGUGCCAAAGCUCAGGGGCCGGCGGCAUCCCGACUCCACCCAGUAACUCUCCGUCACCUCACCCGGGAGAGGCCGCUUACACAAACUGUGAUCCUCGGCCCGGUUAUUAAAGUCAAUACGGUAGGACUGAUGGACUGCCUGCCGACGGCGAUACACUGCAUUGUUCUCCUCCUCCUCCUCGUUUCUUGUGGGAGCGCUCCUUAGGACCUUCGCCUCCCCUCUCCUCCGGCCAAGGAGGGGUCAGAGGAAAGCUUGGCUGUUCGAGCAGAGGAGCAGGAACAGAUCUCCUUUCCUCUCUCCUCUGAUCAGAAAUGCUGCACAGGCCACUGGAGAGAAGCUACACUGAUCUCCCCCCCUUGGAGACCCACCUACAGCCCUUUCCCCCAACUUCCUUUUGUAUUUAUUAUGGUGCCAAGCACCCAGGACAGUUUCCUUCUACAAGCCUUCCCUUCCUUCUAAAUUUAUUCUUUCCCGCCCUUCUGCUCCAAGACUUUUUUUGGAAUCGCCUCCUUCCCAUGCGUUUACAAACGGCCUCGAUCUCAGUUGAAACCGUCCUUUUGUAUCUCAAUGAACCAAAGUGUUUUAAUACGGAUUUCUAGCUCUAUAGUCGUGCUGGUGUCACUCUUGUGAUGGUGUGAUUCCCCCUCCCCACCUUUGGGCUUUUUUGUUGGUUGGUUUGUUAGCCCAAUGUUUUGGUUUUAAUGUAUUGUUGAAGGCUUUCAUGACCGGAAUCACUGGGUUGCUGUGAGUUUUCCGGGCUGUAUGGCCAUGUUUCAGAUGAUUCUCACUUGACCGUUUGGCCCACAUCUAUGGCAGGCAUAUUUCAGAGGUUGGAAACUAAGGUCCCUUCCACCCAGCCCUAUAUCCCAGAAUAUCAAGGCAGAAAAUCCCACAUUAUCUGAGUGUGGACUCAGAUAUCUCAGCUCAAAGCAGAUAUUGUGGGAUUUUUGUUGGGUUUCAUCUCUGACUGCACAAGUCUCCAGCUCUCAAUGAGUAGAUAGACUGAGGGAUUCCUUCCCAAUUUCCUUUAGCUAGGUUGUUUAAGAAGGAGGGUUGGCUUACUCAUCUUUGCAUGGCACUAUCUCCUCCCAUUUGAAUAUCUAGGAAUGUAAUCCCUUUAGGGAAAAGUAACUUCCUCUUUUAAAAGUAUUUUUAUUGCCCUGGGCUGGCCAUGUGGCCUGUCUCCAUUUUUUGGGCUUUUUUCCUUUCGUCUUCUCUAGAGUGAGGAAGCAUCUUGCCAUUGUCUAAGGCAAGAUGUAGUAGAUAGUUACUUUUAUUAUUUUUCCCUUUUUUCUUUUUUUCCUUAGAAGAUAGCUCAGUGAAGCUAGUUAGCUCCAAAAACCUUUCCUAUCUAGAAUGGAUUUCUUUUUUCUUUAAUAAACAUUAUUUUGAUCCUAUGAGUUGUGGAUCUGCAAUCCUGUUCCAUCCUGUUGAAUGGAAGUCAAUCCUUGCUCACUCCAUGUAAGUUUCUGCUGCUUAUGUACUGUGCAUCCUGCACUCUGCUAUAUUUUUGAUGGAAUCACCCCCAGAGAGGGUUAUUUUUGAGCCUAACAGCUCUUGAUUCCCAACAAUUUUCUGCCUUGAUGUUCUGGGAUAUAGGGCUGUGUGGAAGGGCCCUAAGUGAUAAAUUUAUAUAUCUGUGAAAUGUCCAGGGUGAGGGAAAGAACUCUUUCCUGCUAGAGUUCUUUCUAGCUGCAGGCCAUUAAAUGCUAAUCAAGGUGGCAAAUUGCAACAUUCACAGGUACCUCUACAAGACAAGAGUUUUUACUCCCACC